GCGGACAAAAACUGGUUGAACACCUAGAGACCAAACUUUGUCCGCAGUACGUCCGCCAUUGCCUGCUAAGCAGCCAUGGCGGAUGCGGAGAAUGGUCAGAAGAUUGACCCCGAUGCUACAAACGUUUUCGACGAAGAAGAGUUCGAUGACCGAAUCCCAUACUCUGUCAGUUAUUUCAUGAUUUGCAUAGUACUGCCUGUCAUGAACGGCCUGCUCAAUUCCUUCGCGUGGUCAGCGUAUGCCCUCUAUGCGCGCAAAAACGGCUGGAACUUGUCUCUGGCGGGCUUGGCGAUUUCUAUAGGUUGCGGGGGGCGCUUGAUAGUACAGCAGGUGAUUUUUCGCGCAGGCAUUUGGACUUGCUUCAUUUUUGCUGUGGUGCAACUGACCGUUGCUUCAAUGGCAAUUGCCUAUCCGGCUGAGGCAAUAGUUGUCUACGUGCAAGUGGCUUGCAUUCCUGCGUUCGAUGUGACUGUGGCCAUUGAAGGCCUGGCCUUCGAUACCUGGUCAGACUCAGAGGCACAGGUGGGCCAAGCUCAGUCAACGGUUCUUUCCAUCUUCACCAUUGCAUAUGCUAUGGCUGCGACCUUCGGUGGUGUCAUCUAUGAUGCGGGUAGUUGGACUGGCAUCUCCCUGUUUCACCUUACGUGCAGCUUGGUGCAGCUGUUGGUGUUUGUUGCACAACCCGCAAUGCUCAAGUCUUUCUGGGAGUUUAUACAUCGUAUACGUGGCGACGAUGAUGAGGAUGAGGAUGAUGAGGAUGAGGAUGAGGUGAAAGAGCUCGGCGACCAAGUCACCAGCAUUGUCCCCGGACCCAAGGUAAAUGUGGUGCCAGUGUCAGAGGCCUCACCCUUGGGACCAUCAGCACAGUCGGGACCCUCGGGAGCCUCUGGACCUUCUGGACCCUCUGGGGGCAAAGCAGAAGAAAUGGCGGCGCUGCCUGGCGCCGUGGAGGAGGAGGCCGGUCCACGUGCAACUGCACCUGAAAAAGAAACCCAGAUCGUGCUGCCGGAAAAAGAAGUUCUUCCUUCAGAUGAUCCAGAUGGAGUUCAGAAUGCUGCACACAGUGAGGGUGAUGCGCGUGCGGCGCGUGCACAAGCUUCAAGAAGGGCUUCGGCACGCUCGGCGGCGUCCACCAAAUCUUCAAGGCGACGCAAGACGGCUAAUUCAGAGAGUCCAGAAGAUGAUGAAGAGCACGAGAGGCGCAGCAGAGCAUUGAUCUCUCCAAACUUGGCACGAAGCUCCAUUAUGACAGGCCACUCCUCCCGGAGUUCGGUCAGCUCGCACGUCUCGCAACCUCGUCGCCGCAAUCAACGCCUGACCGUUGCGACCCACGGGACUCUCGCAACACACAGAACAGGACAUACACAUGCAUCAGGUCGGACGGCAAACACCACAAGAUCCACAAGGACCAUGGAGACAGUGAUGACAAACCUGUCAAAGUUUACCGCUUUGACAGAGAUGGGUGAACACUUUCAGUACAACUUCGGAGAUCUUUGGUUGCGCAUGGUGGCACUGUUCAGCUGGGUGCCCACUGAUGGUGGUGUCGAUGUACAAGGAACCAAACAGACCCUUUAUAUAGAUCCCUUUAGAGAUUUGUCACGUGUCAUUUGCAAUGACGUGCUGCCUGUGCAUAUAUGUGGGUAG